AUGGAGCAGAAGGAAGGAAAGCCCUCAGAGGAUGAGGCCACCAUCUCCCCACCCGCAGAGGGCCCUGGGACCCUGGGAGAUGGAGACUCUGCAAAGGAGGAUGCCAAAGGCGCAGAUGGGAAGACUGUCAAAGACAGGCCUGCAGAUGGGGCAGGGACACCAGAAAAUGCACCAGCUGAGAACAGCAUCUCAGGUGAAUUCCAGGGAGAAGCAAAUGGGCUGGAGGAAGUCACAGUGAAAUCCCAAGGGGAGGCCAAGGCUGAACUGAAGAAGGAGGCGGAUGGGAAGACAGAAACCACAGAGGCCCCUCAGGAGAAGACUGAUGAGAAAGGAGAGAGCAAAUCUGAACUGAAGGAGGCUGAGGAAAAAGAGAAGGCAACAUCAGCCUCUGAGAAGCAGAAUGCUGAUGAGAAAGAAGCCAAGCCUGAAUGUAGGGAGAAAGCUGACAUGGAUGACCCAGCCAAGGCUGAACCCAAGGAGGCUGUUGGGAAGGAGGCGGCCAUGAUAGCCCCUCAGGAGAAAGACAAGAUGGAGGAACCCAAGGAGGCCAAGACUGAAUCUCAGAAGAAGUCUCUUUUGGAUGAGGCUGAAGCUGGACCUCAGGAGGCUGAUGGGCAAGACGAGGCUGGAAAUGACGUAAAGGAAGAGGUGAGUGAGGUAGAGGACAGAAAGGAGGAGGCCCCAUGAGGCAGGGAUGCAGAGCCUCAUGAUACCAAUGACGAGCAGGACCAGUCUGUAGAGAGAGAACAAGAGGAAGGGGCAAGGAUGGUCCCCAGCUCCCCCGAAGAGUGGCCUGCGAGCCCUACGGACUUCAGCCCUGAUGGGCUGGGUCCAGACACAGAAGCUUCCGGAGAGACCAGUCCUUCCACCAGUGAGUCUUCUCCCAGUGAUGUGCCCCAGAGUCCCACGGAGCCCCUCCCUGCUGGGGAAAAGCAGAAGGAAAAGGCCCCUGAACACAGGGUGUCAGCCCCUACCCGACCCCGGGGAGCCCGUGCCCAGAACCGCAAAGCCAUCAUGGACAAGUUUGGUGGGGCGGCCUCGGGCCCCACAGCCCUGUUCCGGAACACAAAGGCAGCUGGGACAGCCAUUGGUGGGGUCAAGCAGAUGCUAUUGCAGUGGUGCCAAGCCAUGACAAGGAAAUACGAGCACGUGGACAUCCAGAACUUCUCCUCAAGCUGGAGCAGCGGCAUGGCCUUCUGUGCCCUCAUCCACAAGUUCUUCCCCGACGCCUUCGACUACGCCACGCUGGACCCCACUCAGCGCCGUCACAACUUCACCCUGGCCUUCUCCACUGCAGAGAAACUGGCUGACUGUGCCCAGCUGCUGGAUGUGGAUGAUAUGGUGCGCCUGGCGGUGCCUGACUCCAAGUGCGUGUACACCUAUCUCCAGGAGUUGUACCGCAGCCUCGUGCAGAAGGGACUGGUGAAGACCAAGAAGAAAUGA